CACCGGCACCGCCGCCAGGACCCGGCACCGGGCAUGGCCCGGCCCGGCAGCUGAGCCCGCAGCGCGCAGGCUGGGAGGUGACACCGGAGCCGCCGCGAGGUUCCCGAGCGAGGGCCGAGGAUUCCUGGGGCGGAUCCGGCCGGGACCGGGACCCCACCAAGAUGGAGCGCGAGGAGGAGACGCGGGAGAUCCUCCUGCCCAACUGGCAGGGCAGCGGCUCCCACGGCAUCACCAUCGCCCAGACCGACGACGGCGUCUUCGUGCGGCGCGUCCAGCAGAACUCGCCGGCCGCCCGCAUGGGCGUCGUCAAGGAAGGGGAUCAGAUCGUCAGCGCCACCGUCUACUUCGACAACCUGCAGUCGGGGGAGGUGGCGCAGCUGCUGCAGACCAUGGGCCACCACACGGUGGGACUGCGGCUGCAGCGCCGCGGCGACCGCUCGCCGCUGGCCGGACAGAGCUGCGGCCAGCUGGCCUUGGCGCCCGGCAGCCCCGAGGUCGUGCUGAGCGGCGAUGACGAGGAGUACCAGCGCAUCUACACCACCAAAAUCAAACCGCGGCUCAAGUCCGAGGAGGGGCCGGAGGCCGAGGCCGGGGGGACGCAGAGCAGGACCAUCACGGUCACCCGCAAGGUCACCGCCUACACCGUGGACGUCACCAGCCACGACGGCGACCUCAGCGUCAUCGGCGGCCCCGACUUCAACGUCCACGUCCCCACGCCGGAGCUCGGGACCACGUCCGGUGCCGAUGUCCGAGCGGGGCCGGGGAACCUGCCCGGGACACCUGAGGGGCUUCACCUUCAGCCCCAGAGCCAAAUUCCUGGUGGAGAAACUGGAAAAUCCCUCCCGGGCUGGAAGGGCUCCGGUGCCUUCCCGGGGUCGCCCCGCAUCGAGGCCAACGGACAGUUUGGAGAGCUGGACGGGUCAUUCCACGCCGUGGGGCUGGACGGGCAGGGCCACGUGACCGGCGGGGCUCCGUGUCCGCAGGGAGAGGUCGGCGGCUCCUCGCCACCCGUGGAUGUGGGGAAAAUCAAGAUCCCGACAUUAAAAAUCCCCAAAUUCGGGUUCCAGGCCGGCGGCGACGCCGCGGCCCCGCAGGUGGGCGCCGGGAUGGACGUCACCUGCUCGCCCGUGCCGGGCGUUUCCUCCCCGUCCGGCAAAGCCCCCGCGCCGCAGGUGGACGUGGCGGUCAAAGGCGCCACCAAGGUCCCCUCCCCUCCGCUGGACGUCCCCGGCGUGGAGGUCCCGGCCCCGGACGGCGCCAAGGGGAAAAUCAAAAUCCCGCACUUGACCUUCCCCAGAUUCACCGCCCAGGGCGACGGCGCCACCGCGGAGGUCCCCAAGGGCGUGGCUGUCCCCGAGGUGGCCCUGGAAGGAGAAUGGAAAGGCCCCACCUUCAAGAAGGUGGAAACGCCCCAAAUUUCGCUGUCGGACGUGAACCUGAACCUGAAGGGCCCCAGAGGGGAAGGGGACCUCAAAGGACUCGGCCCCAAGGGGCUCCAGGUGGACCUGAAGGGUCCCGAGGUGGAAGUGGCCGGGCCAGGGCGUGGCCUGAAGGGCGUGGGGAUGGACGUUGACAUGAAGGGGGUGAAGGGAGGAGUGGACGUGUCCCUGCCGACGGUGGGGGGCGAACUGGACCUUAAAGGGCCCCAAAUUGGGGUGGAGGUGCCCGGAGUGGACAUCAAAGGCCCCGCGGUGAAGAUGCCCGAGAUGAGCGUCAAGACCCCCCAAAUCUCCGCGCCCGACGUCGACCUGAGCCUCAAAGGGCCCGGAGUGAAGGGAAAUCUGGAUGUUUCUGCCCCAAAACUGGAAGGGGAGCUGAAAACCCCCGGACUGGACAUCAAAGGCCCCAAAGUCGAGGUUGGGAGCCCAGAAAUGGAGAUCCAGGGGCCCGAGUGCAAACUGAAGUUCCCCAAGCUGAAAAUGCCCAAAUUUGGGGUGAAGGGAGAGACCCCCAGCGUCGAUGUGACCCUUCCCAAAGGGGGGGUGGACGUCUCUGGCCCCAAGGUGGACGUCAGCGUCCCGAGCGUGGACAUCAAGGGCCCCAAAGUGGACAUUGAAGCACCUGAAGUGGACGUUCACGGCCCCGAGGGGAAGUUCAAGAUGCCCAAGUUCAAAAUGCCCAAAUUUGGGAUGCCCGGGGUCAAAGCAGAAGGUCCAGAGCUGGACGUGAACCUCCCAAAGGGCGGCGUGGAGGUGUCCGGCCCCAAGGUGGACGUUGAGGCGCCGAGUUUGGACAUCCAAGGUCCUGAAAUGCACCUCAAGGCCCCCAAAAUCUCCGUGCCAGACGUUGACUUGACCCUGAACGGUGCCAAGGCCAGCGGCGACCUAGACGUGUCCGUGCCAGGCUUGAAGGGCCCCGAACUGGACAUCAAAGGCCCCAAAGUGGAGGUUGAAGCCCCAGAUUUGGAUGUCCAAGGCCCCGAGGGCAAACUGAAGUUCCCCAAGCUGAAAAUGCCCAAAUUUGGGGUGAAGGGAGAGAGCCCCGACCUCGAGGUGGCCCUUCCCAAGGGCAGAGUGGACGUUUCAGGUCCCGGCGUCGCCGUUGAGGUCCCCGGCGUGGACCUGAAGGCCCCCAAGAUGAAGGUGCCUGAGGUGAGCAUCAAAACCCCCCAGAUCUCCAUGCCCGACAUCGACCUGAACCUCAAAGGGCCCAAAGUCAAGGCAGAUUUGGACGUUUCCACCCCAAAACUGGAAGGGGAGCUGAAAACCCCCGGACUGGACAUCAAAGGCCCCAAAGUCGAGGUUGAGGCGCCGGAUUUGGACGUCCAAGGCCCCGAGGGCAAACUGAAGUUCCCCAAGCUGAAAAUGCCCAAAUUUGGGGUGAAGGGAGAGAGCCCCGACCUGGAGGUGACGCUCCCGAAGGGGGAAGUGGACAUUUCCGCCCCCAAGGUGGACAUCGACGUCCCGAGCGUGGACGUGGAAGGGCCGGAGGUCAAAGGGAAAGGCCUCAAGUUCAAAAUGCCCGACCUCAACGUUCAGACCCCAAAACUCUCCAUGCCAGACGUGGAUCUGGGCUUGAAGGCCCCGAAACUGAAAGGGGACGCCGGAAUUUCUGGGCUGAAGGGCCCGAAAAUCGACGUGAAAGGCCCCAAAGUGGACGUGGAAGGUGCCAAAAUUGACGUGAAAGGCCCCAAAGUGGAUGUGGAAAGUCCCAAAAUUGAUGUGAAAGGUCCCAAGUUGGAUGUGGAAGGUCCCAAGUUGGAUGUUGAUGUGCCCGAGGUGGACUUGGAAUGUCCAGAAGGGAAGAUGAAAGGCCCCAAAUUCAAGAUGCCGAAACUCAACAUCAAAUCCCCCAAAAUCUCGAUGCCGGACGUGGAUUUGAACCUGAAGGGACACAAAGUGAGGGGAGAGGUGGACGUGUCCCUCCCCAAGGCCGAAGGUGACAUCAAGGGGCCGAAGGUGGACGUGGAGGUCCCGGAUGUCCACCUGGAGGGCCCAGAGGCCAAACUGAAAAUGCCCAAAAUGAAAUUGCCUCAUUUCAACGUGUCUGGCCCCAAGCUGGAGGGGGCCGAGGUGGACGUGGCCCUGCCCAAAGGAGAGGUGGACGUCUCUGGGCCGGAGGUGGACAUUGAGGGGCCGGAGGUGGACGUGGGAGGAGCGGAAGGGAAAUGGAAAGGUCCCAAAUUCCGGAUGCCGAAGCUGAACAUCAAAUCCCCCAAAAUCUCGAUGCCGGACGUGGACCUGAACCUGAAGGGACCCAAAGUGAAGGGAGAGGUGGACGUGUCCCUCCCCAAGGUGGAAGGGGAAUUGAAAGCUCCAGAAGUGGACAUUAAGGGGCCGAAAGUGGACGUGCAGGUGCCCAGCGUGGAUUUGGAGGGUCCUGAGGGGAAGAUCAAAGGUCCCAAGUUCAAGAUGCCCGAGAUGCACAUCAAGACCCAGAAGAUCUCCAUGCCCGACGUGGACAUCAGCCUCAAGAGCCCCAAGGUCAAGGGCGAUGUGGACGUGUCCCUUCCAAAGCUGGAGGGUGACCUGAAGGGCCCCGAAAUUGACAUCAAGGGCCCCAAAGUGGACGUUGAUGUGCCAGAUGUGGACAUUCAUGGCCCUGAGGGAAAAUUCAAGAUGCCCAAGUUCAAGAUGCCCAAAUUUGGGAUGCCCGGGGUCAAGGCAGAAGGUCCCGAGGUGGACGUGAACCUCCCGACAGGAAACCUGGAUGUGAGUGGCCCCAAGGUGGACAUUGAAGGUCCAGAGGUGGACGUUGAUCUCCCAGAGGGGAAGGUGAAGGGCCCGAAGCUCAAGAUGCCCGAGAUGCACUUCAAGACCCCCAAGAUCUCCAUGCCCGACAUCGAUUUGAAUCUAAAGGGUCCGAAACUGAAGGGAGAUGUCGAUGUCUCUGUCCCUAAGCUGGAGGGUGACCUGAAAAGUCCCGAAAUUGACCUCAAGGGCCCCAAAGUGGACAUUGAGGCACCUGAUGUGGACAUUCACGGCCCUGAGGGAAAAUUCAAGAUGCCCAAGUUCAAGAUGCCCAAAUUUGGGAUGCCCGGGGUCAAGGCAGAAGGUCCCGAGGUGGACGUGAACCUCCCGACAGGAAACCUGGAUGUGAGUGGCCCCAAGGUGGACAUUGAAGGUCCAGAGGUGGACGUGGAGCUGCCAGAGGGGAAGGUGAAGGGCCCCAAGUUCAAGAUGCCCGAGAUGCACAUCAAAGCCCCCAAGAUCUCCAUGCCUGACAUUGACCUCAACCUGAAGGGCCCCAAAGUGAAGGGGGACGUUGACGUUUCCCUUCCCAAAGUAGAAGGGGACAUGAAGGGUCCCGAAAUUGACAUCAAAGGCCCCAAAGUCGAUGUUGAUCUCCCCGACGUUGAACUGGAAGGUCCCGAGGGGAAGAUCAAAGGCCCCAAGUUCAAGAUGCCCGAGAUGCACAUCAAGGCCCCCAAGAUCUCCAUGCCCGACGUCGACUUCAGCCUGAAGGGCCCCAAGGUCAAGGGUGAUGUUGAUGUCUCUGUCCCUAAGCUGGAGGGUGACCUGAAGGGUCCUGAACUGGACAUCAAGGGCCCCAAAGUGGACAUUGAGGCACCCGAUGUGGACAUUCACGGCCCAGAAGGAAAAUUCAAGAUGCCCAAGUUCAAGAUGCCCAAAUUUGGGCUGAAGGGAGAAGGCCCCGAGGUGGACGUGAACCUCCCGAAAGGAGACCUGGAUGUGUCUGGCCCCAAGGUGGACGUGGAGAUGCUGAGUGUGGACAUUGAGGGCCCCGAGGGGAAGAUCAAAGGGCCCAAGUUCAAGAUGCCCGAGAUGAACAUCAAGGCCCCCAAGAUCUCCAUGCCCGACAUCGACCUAAACCUGAAGGGCCCCAAAGUCAAGGGGGGUGUGGAUGUCUCCGUCCCCAAAUUGGAGGGCGACCUGAAAGGUCCGGAGGUGAACAUUAAAGGUCCGAAGUUGGAUGUGGAUGUUCCUGACGUGGAUGUUGAAGGUCCCGAGGGGAAGUGGAAGGUACCCAAAUUCAAGAUGCCGGAGAUGAACAUCAAGGCGCCGAAAUUUUCUCUGCCUGAUGUCGACCUGAACCUGAAAGGUCCCAAAGUGAAGGGAGAAGUGGACGUGUCUGCCCCAAAAAUAGAAGGUGACGUGAAAGUGCCGGAUCUGGAGUUGAAAGGACCCAAAGUGGACGUGGAUGUCCCCGACAUUGAACUGGAGGGCCCCGAGGGGAAGAUCAAAGGCCCCAAGUUCAAGAUGCCCGAGAUGCACUUCAAGGCCCCCAAGAUCUCCAUGCCCGACUUUGAUCUGAACCUCAAAGGCCCCAAAGUGAAAGGAGACGUGGAUGUGUCCGUCCCAAAAAUUGAGGGAGAUUUGAAGGCCCCAGAUGUUGACAUCAAAGGCCCCAGAGUCAAUGUCGACCUCCCCGACGUCGAACUGGAGUGUCCUGAAGCGAAGCUGAAGGGCCCCAAGUUCAAGAUGCCCGAGAUGCACUUCAAAACCCCCAAGAUCUCCAUGCCCGACAUCGACCUGAACCUCAAAGGCCCAAAACUGAAGGGGGAUGUGGACAUUUCUGCCCCUAAACUGGAAGGUGACCUGAAGGGCCCAGACGUGGACAUCAAAGGUCCUAAAUUGGACAUCGAAGCUCCUGACGUGGACAUUGAUCUCCCCGAGGGGAAGGUGAAGGGCCCCAAGUUCAAGAUGCCCGAGAUGCACUUCAAGGCCCCCAAGAUCUCCAUGCCCGACUUUGACCUCAACCUGAAGGGCCCCAAGGUCAAAGGUGACGUCGAUGUGUCCGUGCCAAAGCUCGAAGGGGACCUGAAAGGGCCGGAGGUGUCACUGGAAGGUCCAAAGGUGGAUGUAGAGGUGCCCGACGUGGAGCUGGAAUGUCCGGAGGGGAAGAUCAAAGGCCCCAAGUUCAAGAUGCCCGAGAUGCACAUCAAGGCCCCCAAGAUCUCCAUGCCCGACUUCGAUCUCAACCUGAAGGGCCCCAAAGUGAAGGGGGACGUCGAUGUGUCUGCUCCAAAACUGGAAGGGGACCUGAAGGGGCCAGAAAUUGACAUCAAAGGCCCCAAAGUCGAUGUUGACCUUCCUGAUGUUGAUCUGGAGUGUCCUGAGGGGAAACUGAAGGGCCCCAAGUUCAAGAUGCCCGAGAUGCACUUCAAGGCCCCCAAGAUCUCCAUGCCCGACAUCGACCUCAACCUGAAGGGCCCCAAAGUGAAGGGGGACGUCGAUGUGUUUGCUCCAAAGCUGGAGGGAGACCUGAAAGCCCCAGACAUCAACAUCAAAGGCCCCAAAGUCGAUGUUGAUCUCCCCAAUGUUGAGCUAGAGUGUCCCGAGGGGAAGAUCAAAGGUCCCAAGUUCAAGAUGCCCGAGAUGCACAUCAAGGCCCCCAAGAUCUCCAUGCCUGAUGUCGAUUUCAGCCUCAAGGGCCCCAAGGUCAAGGGGGACAUCGAUGUCUCUGUCCCAAAGCUGGAGGGUGACCUGAAGGGUCCUGAACUGGACAUCAAAGGCCCCAAAAUGGACAUUGAGGCACCCGACGUGGACAUUCACGGCCCAGAAGGAAAAUUCAAGAUGCCCAAGUUCAAGAUGCCCAAAUUUGGGCUGAAGGGAGAAGGCCCCGAGGUGGACGUGAACCUCCCAAAAGGAGACCUGGAUGUGUCUGGCCCCAAGGUGGACGUGGAGAUGCCGAGUGUGGACAUUGAGGGCCCCGAGGGGAAGAUCAAAGGUCCCAAGUUCAAGAUGCCUGAGAUGCAUUUUAAGACCCCCAAGAUCUCCAUGCCUGACAUCGACCUCAACCUGAAAGGUCCCAAGGUCAAGGGAGAUGUUGAUGUUUCUCUUCCAAAAGUGGAAGGGGACCUGAAGUGCCCUGAACUGGACAUUAAAGGCCCCAAAGUCGAUGUUGACCUCCCCGAUGUUGAGCUGGAAGGACCCGAGGGGAAGAUCAAAGGCCCCAAGUUCAAGAUGCCCGAGAUGCACAUCAAGGCCCCCAAGAUCUCCAUGCCCGACGUCGACUUCAACCUGAAGGGCCCCAAGGUCAAGGGGGACGUGGACGUGUCUCUUCCAAAGCUGGAGGGUGACCUGAAGGGCCCCGAAAUUGACAUCAAGGGCCCCAAAGUGGACGUUGAUGUGCCAGAUGUGGACAUUCAUGGCCCUGAGGGAAAAUUCAAGAUGCCCAAGUUUAAGAUGCCCAAAUUUGGGAUGCCCGGGGUCAAGGCAGAAGGUCCCGAGGUGGACGUGAACCUCCCGACAGGAAACCUGGAUGUGUCCGGCCCCAAGGUGGACAUUGAAGGUCCAGAGGUGGACAUGGAGCUGCCAGAGGGGAAGGUGAAGGGCCCCAAGUUCAAGAUGCCCGAGAUGCACAUCAAGGCCCCCAAGAUCUCCAUGCCCGACAUCGACUUCAACCUCAAAGGCCCCAAACUGAAGGGGGACGUUGAUGUCUCAGUCCCCAAACUGGAGGCUGACAUGAAAGCCCCAGACAUCGACAUCAAAGGCCCCAAAGUCGAUGUUGAUCUCCCCAGCGUUGAGCUGGAAGGACCCGAGGGGAAGAUCAAAGGCCCCAAGUUCAAGAUGCCCGAGAUGCACAUCAAGGCCCCCAAGAUCUCCAUGCCCGACGUAGAUUUCAGCCUCAAGGGCCCCAAGGUCAAGGGGGACAUCGAUGUCUCUGUCCCUAAACUGGAAGGUGACCUGAAGGGUCCUGAACUGGACAUCAAGGGCCCCAAAGUGGACAUUGAUGUGCCCGAUGUGGACAUUCAUGGCCCAGAAGGAAAAAUAAAAUUCCCCAAGUUUAAGAUGCCCAAAUUUGGGAUGCCCGGGGUCAAGGCAGAAGGUCCCGAGGUGGAUGUGAACGUCCCGACAGGAAACCUGGAUGUGAGUGGUCCCAAGGUGGACAUUGAAGGUCCAGAGGUGGACGUGGAGCUGCCAGAGGGGAAGGUGAAGGGCCCCAAGUUCAAGAUGCCCGAGAUGCACAUCAAGGCCCCCAAGAUCUCCAUGCCUGAUGUUGACUUCAACCUGAAGGGCCCCAAGCUGAAGGGGGAUGUUGAUGUCUCCCUUCCAAAGCUUGAAGGUGACCUGAAAGGCCCCGAAAUUGACAUCAAAGGCCCCAAAGUCGAUGUUGAUCUCCCCGAUGUUGAGCUGGAAGGUCCCGAGGGGAAGAUCAAAGGCCCCAAGUUCAAGAUGCCCGAGAUGCACAUCAAGGCCCCCAAGAUCUCCAUGCCCGAUGUCGACUUCAGCCUGAAGGGCCCCAAGGUCAAGGGUGAUGUUGAUGUCUCUGUCCCUAAGCUGGAGGGUGACCUGAAGGGUCCUGAACUGGACAUCAAGGGCCCCAAAGUGGACAUUGAGGCACCCGACAUCGACAUUCACGGCCCAGAAGGGAAAAUUAAAAUGCCCAAAUUCAAGAUGCCCAAAUUUGGCUUUUCUGGGCCGAAAGUGGAAGGCCCCGAGGUGGACGUGAACCUCCCUGAGGCCGAGGUCAACCUUUCGGGUCCAAAGGUCGACGUUUCUGUCCCCGACCUGGACAUUGAAGGCCCUGAAGGGAAACUGAAGGGCCCCAAGUUCAAGAAGCCGGAGCUGCAGUUCAACGUCCCCAAGAUCUCCAUGCCCGACAUCGACCUGAACCUGAAAGGCCCCAAACUGAAAGGUGACCUCGAUGCUUCUCUUCCCAAGGUCGAGGGCGAGCUGAAAGGCGCCAAACUGGACGUCAAGGGGCCAGAGCUUGAGCUGGAGGGGCCAAAGGUUGACCUCGAAGGAAAAGCUAAAAAAUCCAGGUUUAAACUUCCCAAGUUUGGCUUUUCUGGCCCAAAGGUUCAAAGCCCCGAGGUGGAUGUGAAGCUUAAAAAACCUGAGGUGGAACUGUCCGGCCCCAAGGUCGAGGUCCAGGCUCCGGAUUUGGACAUCCAGGGAAAAUCCAAAGGCUCCAAAUUCAAAAUGCCUUUUCUGAACAUUUCUUCACCCAAAGUCUCGAUGCCGGACGUGGAGCUGAACCUGAAGGGGCACAAAAUGAAAGGGGAGUUUGACCUGUCCACCCCCAAAGUGGAAGGGGAGCUGAAAGGACCUGAGGUGGACAUCAAGGGCCCCAAGGUCAACAUCGAGGCCCCUGACGUGGACGUUCACGGCCCCGAGGGGAAAAUCAAAAUGCCCAAGUUUAAAAUGCCCAAAUUUGGUGUUCCUGGGUUUAAAGGGGAGGGGCCAGAGGUGGACGUGAACCUGCCAGGAGGAGAACUGGACGUGUCCGGUCCUAAAGUGGACAUUGAAGGUCCAGAAGUGGACAUUGAGGGGCCGGAGGGGAAGAUCAAAGGCCCCAAGUUUAAGAUGCCCGAGAUGCACAUCAAGGCCCCCAAGAUCUCCAUGCCCGACAUCGACCUCAACCUGAAGGGCCCCAAGGUCAAGGGGGACGUGGACGUGUCCCUGCCCCAGGUGGACCUGAAAGGACCCAAGGUGGACGUGGAAGUUCCCGACAUCGACGUUGAAGGUCCGAAAGGGAAAAUCAAAGGCCCCAAAUUCAAAAUGCCUGAGAUGAACAUCAAAGCUCCCAAUCUCUCCAUGCCGGACUUGGACCUCAACCUGAAAGGCCCCAAGGUCAAAGGUGGGGUGGACGUCGAUCUGUCUGCACCAAAAAUUGAAGGGGACCUGAGCUUGCCGGACGUGGAUGUCAAAGGCCCCAAGGUGGACAUUGAAGGUCCAGAGGUGGACGUUGAAGGGCCAGAGGGGAAGAUCAAAGGCCCCAAGUUCAAGAUGCCCGAGAUGCACAUCAAGGCCCCCAAGAUCUCCAUGCCCGACGUUGACUUCAACCUCAAAGGCCCCAAAUUGAAGGGGGACAUCGAUGUGUCUGCUCCAAAGCUGGAGGGUGACCUGAAGGGCCCCGAAAUUGACAUUCAUGGCCCCAAAGUGGACGUUGAUGUGCCAGAUGUGGACAUUCAUGGCCCUGAGGGGAAAUUCAAGAUGCCCAAGUUCAAGAUGCCCAAAUUUGGGAUGCCCGGGGUCAAGGCAGAAGGUCCCGAGGUGGACGUGAACCUCCCGACAGGAAACCUGGAUGUGAGUGGCCCCAAGGUGGACAUUGAAGGUCCAGAGGUGGACGUGGAGCUGCCAGAGGGGAAGGUGAAGGGCCCCAAGUUCAAGAUGCCCGAGAUGCAUUUUAAGACGCCCAAGAUCUCCGUGCCUGACAUCGACCUCAACCUGAAGGGCCCCAAAUUGAAGGGGGACGUUGAUGUUUCCCUUCCCAAAGUGGAAGGGGAUCUGAAGUGCCCCGAACUGGACAUCAAAGGCCCCAGUGUCGAUGUCGACCUCCCUGAUGUUGAGCUGGAAGGUCCUGAGGGGAAGGUGAAGGGCCCCAAGUUCAAGAUGCCCGAGAUGCACUUCAAGGCCCCCAAGAUCUCCAUGCCUGACUUCGAUCUCAACUUGAAGGGCCCCAAAGUGAAAGGAGAUGUGGACGUGUCACUGCCAAGCGUGGAAGGAGAUCUGAAAGGGCCGAAGGUGGAUGUGAAAGGCCCCGAAUUCGAUGUUUCUGUCCCAGAUGUCCAAGUUGAGGGCCCUGAUGGGAAGAUCAAAGGCCCCAAGUUCAAGAUGCCCGAGAUGCACAUCAAGGCCCCCAAGAUCUCCAUGCCCGACUUCGACCUGAACCUGAAGGGCCCCAAAUUAAAGGGAGAUGUUGAUGUGUCUGUCCCCAAGCUGGACGGGGACCUGAAGGGCCCAGACAUUGACAUCAAAGGCCCCAAAGUUGAUGCUGACCUUCCUGAUGUUGACCUGGAAGGGCCUGAGGGGAAGAUCAAAGGCCCCAAGUUCAAGAUGCCCGAGAUGCAUUUUAAGACCCCCAAGAUCUCCAUGCCCGACAUUGACCUGAACCUGAAGGGCCCCAAAGUGAAGGGGGACGUUGACGUUUCCCUUCCCAAAGUGGAGGGAGACCUGAAGGGUCCUGAAAUUGACAUCAAAGGCCCAAAAGUCGAUGUCAACCUCCCCGAUGUUGAGCUGGAAGGACCCGAGGGGAAGAUCAAAGGCCCCAAGUUCAAGAUGCCCGAGAUGCACAUCAAGGCCCCCAAGAUCUCCAUGCCCGACGUCGACUUCAACCUGAAGGGCCCCAAGGUCAAGGGGGACGUGGACGUGUCCCUUCCAAAGCUGGAGGGUGACCUGAAGGGCCCCGAAAUUGACAUCAAGGGCCCCAAAGUGGACGUUGAUGUGCCAGAUGUGGACAUUCAUGGCCCUGAGGGGAAAUUCAAGAUGCCCAAGUUCAAGAUGCCCAAAUUUGGGAUGCCCGGGGUCAAGGCAGAAGGUCCCGAGGUGGACGUGAACCUCCCGACAGGAAACCUGGAUGUGUCCGGCCCCAAGGUGGACAUUGAAGGUCCAGAGGUGGACGUGGAGCUGCCAGAGGGGAAGGUGAAGGGCCCCAAGUUCAAGAUGCCUGAGAUGCACUUUAAGGCCCCCAAGAUCUCCAUGCCCGAUCUUGACCUGAACCUGAAGGGCCCCAAAUUGAAGGGGGACAUUGAUGUUUCUCUUCCCAAAGUGGAAGGGGAUCUGAAAGGCCCUGAACUGGACAUCAAAGGCCCCAAAGUCGAUGUUGAUCUCCCCAGCGUUGAGCUGGAAGGACCCGAGGGGAAGAUCAAAGGUCCCAAGUUCAAGAUGCCCGAGAUGCACAUCAAGGCCCCCAAGAUCUCCAUGCCUGAUGUCGAUUUCAGCCUCAAGGGCCCCAAGGUCAAGGGGGACAUCGAUGUCUCUGUCCCAAAGCUGGAGGGUGACCUGAAGGGGCCUGAACUGGACAUCAAAGGACCCAAAAUGGACAUUGAUGUGCCCGAUGUGGACAUUCAUGGCCCAGAAGGAAAAAUAAAAUUCCCCAAGUUCAAGAUGCCCAAAUUUGGGAUGCCCGGGGUCAAGGCAGAAGGUCCCGAGGUGGACGUGAACCUCCCGACAGGAAACCUGGAUGUGAGUGGUCCCAAGGUGGACAUUGAAGGUCCAGAAGUGGACAUUGAUCUCCCAGAGGGGAAGGUGAAGGGCCCCAAGUUCAAGAUGCCCGAGAUGCACAUCAAAGCCCCCAAGAUCUCCAUGCCCGACCUUGACCUGAACCUGAAGGGCCCCAAGGUCAAAGGUGACGUGGAUGUGUCCCUGCCCAGUGUGGAAGGAGAGCUGAAAGGUCCUGAGGUCAACAUCUCCGCUCCCGACGUCACCAUCGACAGCCCCGAGGGCAAAUUCAAACUGCCCAAGUUCAAGAUGCCCAAAUUCUCCAUGCCUGGGUUCAAAGGGGACGGGGUGGACACGGAGCUGACCCUCCCCAAGGGUGACGUGUCCAUUUCAGGCCCCAGCGUGGACGUGGAGGCUCCGGAGCUGAGCGUGGAUGGGAAAGCCAAAGGUCCCAAAUUUUCCAUGCCCGAGAUGCACAUCAAGGCCCCCAAGAUCUCCAUGCCUGACAUCGACCUCAACCUGAAAGGCCCCAAGCUGAAGGGGGAUGUUGAUGUCUCCCUUCCAAAGGUCGAAGGUGACCUGAAAGGCCCCGAAAUUGACAUCAAGGGCCCCAAAGUCGAUGUCAACCUCCCCGAUGUUGAGCUGGAAGGUCCCGAGGGGAAGAUCAAAGGCCCCAAGUUCAAGAUGCCCGAGAUGCACAUCAAGGCCCCCAAGAUCUCCAUGCCCGACGUCGAUUUCAGCCUGAAGGGCCCCAAGGUCAAGGGGGACAUCGAUGUCUCUGUCCCUAAACUGGAAGGUGACCUGAAGGGUCCUGAACUGGACAUCAAGGGCCCCAAAGUGGACGUUGAGGCACCCGAUGUGGACAUUCACGGCCCAGAAGGAAAAUUCAAGAUGCCCAAGUUCAAGAUGCCCAAAUUUGGGCUGAAGGGAGAAGGCCCCGAGGUGGACGUGAACCUCCCGAAAGGAGACCUGGAUGUGUCUGGCCCCAAGGUGGACGUGGAGAUGCCGAGUGUGGACAUUGAGGGCCCCGAGGGGAAGAUCAAAGGGCCCAAGUUCAAGAUGCCCGAGAUGAACAUCAAGGCCCCCAAGAUCUCCAUGCCCGACGUCGACUUCAACCUGAAGGGCCCCAAGGUCAAGGGGGACAUCGAUGUCUCUGUCCCAAAGCUGGAGGGGAACCUGCAGUGCCCAGAUGUCGACCUCAAGGGCCCCAAAUUGGACAUUCAUGCGCCAGAUGUGACCCUGGAAGGGCCCACGGUCAAGAUGCCCGAGAUUCACGUCAAGACCCCCCAGAUCUCCAUGCCCGACAUCGACUUGAACCUGAAGGGCCUGAAGGUCAAAGGUGACGCUGACCUGCAUGGCCCCAAGCUUGAGGGGGGUCUGAAGGGGCCCGAGGUCGACAUCAAAGGCCCCAAAGUCGACAUCGAGGGCCCGGCGGUCGACGUUGAUGGUCUGGAGGGAAAAGUGAAACUGCCCAAAAUGAAAUUGCCCAAAUUUGGCUUUAAGGGCGAAGGUCCUGACGUGGACGUGAACUUGCCGAAGGCCGAGGUGGAUCUAUCUGGCCCCAAGGUUGAUCUCAGCCUGCCGGAGGUCAACGUUGAAGGUCUGGAGGGCAAAGUGAAAGGUCCUAAACUGAAAAUGCCCGAAAUGCACGUGAAUGUCCCCAAAAUCUCCAUGCCCGAGAUAGACUUGAACUUGAAAGGCCACAAAACCAAGGGCGGCUUUGAUAUUUCCACCCCAAAGGUGGAAGGUCACCUGAAAGGCCCCGAGGUCGAGCUCAAAGGCCCAGAAUUGGGGGUCAAAGGCCCCGACGUUGAUGUUGAAUGUCCUGACCUGAGCGUCGAGGUCCCAGAAGCCAACAUCAAAGUUCCCAAGUUCAAAAAGUCCAAAUUUGGGUUUGGAAUGAAGAGCCCCAAGGCGGAGGUGGAUUUACCUGAGGCGGAGCUGAACGUGGAGUCACCUGAGGCCCACCUGUCCACCAAGGGGAAGAAGAGCAAGUUCAAGAUGCCCAAAAUCCACAUGAGCGGCCCCAAAGUGAAGGGGAAGAAGGGGGCGUUCGACGUGAAUGCGGCGGGGGCCGAGCUGGACGCGGAGCUCAACGUCGCCGGCCCCGACGUCACCGUCGGGGGCAGCGCCGCCAUGAAGUCCCCCAAAGGCAAGAAACCCAUGUUUGGGAAGAUCUCCUUCCCGGACGUCGAAUUCGACCUCAAAUCGCACAAAUUCCGCGGGGAGGCCUCGGUGGGGGUCCCGAAGGUCGAGGGCGAUCUGGAGGUCAAGGGCGACCUCAAGGGCCCGAGCCUCAACGCGGAUGUUGAAGGUCCUGACGUGAACCUGAAAAGCCCAAAAUUCAAACUCCCCGGGCUCCAGGUGGGCGUGGGGGAUGUGAAAAUCGGGGGGGACCUGAAGGGCCCCGGGAUCGACGUCACCCUCCCCUCGGCCGCGGCGCCAGAUGUCGAUCUCAGCGUGAAAGGACCAAAAAUAAAAGGUGAAGCUGGCGUUGCCAGAGCACAACUGGAAGGUCCCGAGGUGAACCUGGGAUGGCCCAAGGGGGGGAAAAUGGGUUUGGGGCUGGAAAUGCCGGACGUGAGCUCGGACGUGGACGUGAAGCUCAAAGGGCCCCAAAUCUCCAGCCCCGAGUUGGAGGGGAACCUGAAAGGACCAAAAUUAAAGGGAGAUUUGGACAUUUCGGGCUCCGUGGAAGGGCCCAGCGUCGCCCUGGACACGCCCGGCCUGGACCUCGGCGGCCUGGGGGGGAAGGUGAAGCUGCCCACGGUCAAGUCCCCGACGCUGGAGGUCACGGGGGGCGUCCCCUGCUCCGUCCAGUCCCCGGGGGCCGCCCUGGACCUCAGGGGGCCCUCGCUGGACGUCUCCGCCCCGGAUUUGGAUGUCAACGCGAAAGGACCAAAGUUGAAAGGAGACGUCGGCGUCAAAUUCCCCCAGGCGUCGGCAGAUGACUCCGGCUUCGAAAUUUUGGGGGGCACCAUCAAGCUGCCGUCCCUGAAGCUGCCCCAGUUCAGCAUCUCCAGCCCCGGCGUGGACGGAGGGGACGCGGGGGUCACUCUGGAGGGGCCCCAGGUCAAGGCGGGGCUGAAGGGCUCCGGUCUGGGGCUGGAAGGUCCCGAGGUGGAACUGAAAGGGCCGAAAUUCUCUGCGCCGGACGUUGACCUGAGGCUGAAAGGACCAAACGUGGACGUGGCCGGUGACAUCAAAGGGUCAAAGGUCAGCGUGGAAGCCCCUCAUGGAGGGGUGGGCGUCCACCUGGAGGCUCCGGCCCUGGAAGUGUCCGGCUUGGGAUUGAACGUCAACGUGAAAGGGCCGAAGGUCAAAGGCGGGGCCGAGGUGACGCCGCCGUUGGUCAGCGCCGCUUCCGGAACCUUCCAGGCCUCCGGCCCCAAGGUGGGCGCCGAGGGCGGCCAGGUCAAAGUGUCCUUCCCCAAGCUGCGGAUGCCGAAAUUCAUCUUCUCCGAGCCCGAGGCCAAGGGCCGCGAGGUCGGGGUGGACGUCGACUUCCCCGGCGCCGACGCGGCCGAGCCGGAGCCGGAUGAGGCCGAGGCGAGGCUGAAGAAAUCCAAGCUCAAGAUGCCCAAAUUCAACUUCUCCAAGCAGAAGGGGCGGGGUGGCGGCGGCGCCCCGGGCUGCCCCGAGGCGUCGGGCUCGGUGUCCGGCUCCAAGGGCGACCUCAAGAGCUCCAAGGCCAGCCUGGGCCCGGCCGAGGGCGAGCCGGAGGCCGAGGCGCCGGCGGCCAAGGCCAAGUUCUCGCUGUUCCGCAGCAAGAAACCGCGGCCGCGCUCGUCGUCCUUCAGCGAUGACCACUCGGCCGAGCCGGACGCCGCCAGGCAGCCCAAGAGCAAAUUCGGGACCUUCGGGGGCAUCGGCUCCAAGGCCAAGGGCUGCUACGAGCACUUUAACGGCGAAUUAACGGGAGAAGAACCAGGGUGGAAAUCGCAAAUAAAAAUCGUUUAUUAACCGCG